CUUUCUGUGUUUUGCAAAAAGAAAUCUGCUUGGAAAGUCCUCAGAUUGAUUCCUUUGCUAGACGCGCACUCCAUUCUCCAUUCCCCCUCCUAUCCUUUGCACAAAGAAAAGUAUCUUUCACACGCGCCUCUACCCUUCUGCCAUGCUCGCUCAAUCAAAUUCAUCAUUAAGCAACGAAUACCCACUCAGCACCACCUCACCGCAGGCUGCAGCCAUGGUGAAAUGUUUCCAAACGUCUCCAUUUUUCAGUGUCCUCGGGGGAUUGUGUCUGCUAGUGCUCAUCUUCACCCAAGGUGUGGGUGUGGGUGUGGGUGCGGCAGGAUGGAUCGGAGUGAACUAUGGCACUGUGGCGGACAACCUCCCUCCCCCGACACGAGUUGCCAAUUUCCUCACACAGUCCACCCUCAUCAACCGCGUAAGAUUCUUUGACGCCAACCCCGACAUGCUGAGAGCGUUUGCUCACACCGGCAUUGCCAUCACGGUCACCAUCCCCAACGACCAGAUCCCGCUCCUGACCAACGUGGAUUUUGCUCGGAGAUGGGUGGGGGCCAACGUUCUACCCUACCUGCAUUCAACCAACAUCAUCCGCAUCCUCGUCGGGAAUGAGGUCAUCUCCACCGCCAGCAAGCUCCUGAUCGUGAGCCUCGUCCCUGCAAUGCAAUCCCUCCACGCCGCCCUGACCCGCGACUCGCUGGACCGCAGGAUCAAGAUCUCCACCCCACACUCCUUGGGGAUACUGUCAAACUCAAGCCCCCCCUCGGCGGGGAAGUUUAGGCAGGGCUACGACGUCUAUGUCCUUGAGCCGCUGCUUGGCUUCUUGAGAGCCACGGCUUCUCCGUUCAUGAUCAACCCGUAUCCUUUCUUUGGCUGCUCCAGCGGCACGCUCGAUUAUGCGCUCUUCAGGCCUAAUGAAGGCGUGCUUGAUGCGAGCACCGGUCUGAGGUAUGCCAACAUGCUGGAUGCCCAGCUGGAUGCCGUCUUCUCCGCCAUGAAGCGCCUCGGAUUCGAUGAUGUGGACAUCAUGAUCGCCGAAACGGGAUGGCCCUGGAAAGGAGACGCGGGGCAGGUCGGGGUCGACGUGGAGAGUGCGGCAGAAUACAAUAGGAAAUUGAUUCAGCAUGUGACAUCAGGCACCGGGACGCCCCUCAUGCCUAACAGGACAUUUGAGACUUACAUUUUUGCUCUAUUCAAUGAAGAUCUCAAGCCUGGCCCUACGUGCGAGCGAAAUUUUGGAGUGUUCCACCCAAACUUGACCCCUGUCUACCCCAUGGGCAUCCUCAAGCCUAUGGUAUCUAGCAGCGGCAGCAGAACUGGGCACCGGCAGAGCGUAUAUUUGUUGUUCGUUGUGUUUCUGUUGCGCACUAAUUUCUUCAUGUGUUUUUCUUGAGAUGUUUUGGCCUUGCCAACUCAAGACACGCCAGAGAAGAGAAUGGUUUCGAUCCGCGGGGAAAAUGAGAAACAACACAAAAGCCAUAGCCGAAUCCAAACUGAAAUUUGAAGUGCUGCAACAGCUGCUGAUCCUGAGGCUCAAAGGGUGUCAAAUAAGUUGCGGUUGCAGUUGAAGCCCCGUGCAUCAUAACCGAAGGGUCUUGUCGACUCCCCGGUCAUCACCUCUCAAAAAUGGUUAAGGCAAGCAUGGAAGAAGUCUCCUCCUCCUGGAAGCAUGGAAGCAAUACAAUCAUGCAAACACACAGUGACAUUAUUAUCAGGGAGCUGUUCCCCGAUUAGGCUAUGGUUCUGCAAUCGAGUUCAGGACUAGUUUUGUUUUACCUGAGAAUGUUCUGUAUGCAUUUUAUAUUAACCCAACCUGCUUUUUGCAGAAGAAGAAAACAGAUGAUAAUAAUAAUAAUAAUAGCAGCAAUGCAAUGGAAUGCAGUGCCAAUCAGGCCUAGGUUUUUUAGCUCUUUGGAGGAUUAACCUGGACAUGAAUUGAACAACUGCUUUGUGCAUGUAAUUAGUGAAGAACGAAUCGAUGAUUAAAAAAAGAGCUUGUGACAGAAGGUGGUUGUAAUCUAUGUUCCAGCGUGGAAUCCGGAACCUCUAAGCAAGGGAAGUUCAAGGCAACGGUUGAACUGCACAGCCUUAUCUUUGUAAAUUAAAUGGGUGUGAUGUUUAGAAGGCUUAAGAGUGGGCAAGAAUGAGAGUGGCAGUGGCAAAUGCGAUCUUGUACGCACCACAGGCGAAUGAAUAUGAAGCGGUGAUUGCUGCUGCAUCUCUCAAAGUAGACCCAGGCCCAGCCUGCAGACAAAAACGAAUACUUGAUGUUGUUCAGUGGCAGAGAAUCAGAACCAAUGAUUAUUAGCAUGCUGCGCUGCUCUUUGUUUGUUGUUUUAGUUCGUUAAAACUGUGUCUGUGUGGAGAUCUAAAGCUAGCUAAGGAAGUAGUAGCAGUAUUAAUUUAGGGGAGAGCGGUGGAGUGGAGUGGAGUGGUGUGGUGUGUGCCAGCCAGCCAGGUUUGAGCAUAAACGACGACACGGCACAGACAGGACCUGGAAUGAUUGUGUGCAGAAGUAGAGCGGAGGCCGUACAGAACUUUACAAUUAGUUAAUGAGACUGUGCUGUGCGUUCCCAAGCCAAACAAGCAUUAUACAGAUAUUCCUUCCUUCCUUCAUCACUGCGCUUAUGUCGUUGCCCUCUUACAUACAUACGCAGUUAAAAUACUAGUAUGUUUGUAUAUACAUGCGCAUACGUACAUACAUACAUACAUAUAUGGAUGCAGAGCAGAGCAGUGUUCAAGUGAAGUAAGUAGUAGCCGAGUACUCUUCCAAAUAUGAUGUACAGUAAGUUAAUAUUCCUUUCCUGUUCCUGUGGUGUGGUCAGUGUGGUGACUCUCAAGUCUCAAUCCGAAUCCCUCCUUUCCCCCUCC